CUCACUUUUCUUUUUUGGGGGAUUUUGUGUUCUCAAAACUCUUGUAAGGAGAAGUAAAACUGCGACAACUAAACUGUCUCGUGUGCAGGCAAAGGCGUUUACUACGAUGUAGCCUUUGGCAUCGAGACCUCGCUGAACCUGCUCUCCGACUUUACGAUGAUCGGCACUCUCCAAAACAACGCGGAUGUGCUGAGAAUGCUCAGCGUCUUCCUUAUUUGGAACACAGGGUCGACUCUGUUUUGUUACGUGGGACACAUAGCUGCUUCCAAGUUCUCGUCGAAAUACAAACGCAUUGAAAAGUUGGACGCGGAUAUCGAUGAAGAUUCUUAUCGCGCGUGCGUGCUGUACGGCAUCUACACCUUCUACGUGGAGUGCAAGCAAGCCCGCGCCAUGCCCACAGUCGUAGAUCGGGCCACGUUCCUGAACAGAGACGGUGGAGGAACAUCUGAAGGCCAGGAGCCCGUCAUUGUCGUAAUCAGGCAGUUGUCGGCAGCGUCGGCGGACCCCGUUACCGCCGGGAGGUCGUUGACCGCGGUCGCUUCCCCGGUCGCGAACGCGCCCAUGACUUUCCCCGGGACUUCGACGGCGUCGAAGACGGAGGCGCCAGACCAUCCGGCCGAAGGGAAGCGCGAGCCAGCCGAAGAAAAACCGCGGAAUUGGUCGUCCGAAGGAAGCGCAUUCGGAGCCUCCCAUCGUCAGUCGCAGCCCUCGUUGGAACUUCCGGAAGUGGUGUUCCCCGCAAUCCGCCCGCAAGGAGGGCUAGUUCCGGGUCCCAGCAAGUUAUGGCGUGGCGGCGCUCGCUAGGGUCGUCUGCGGUCGCGCUGUGACCGCGCAUUACAGGAGCUCGAAAUGACUGCACAAUCGCCACGCCAAUGUGAUUCAAUGUAUAAUGUUGAGUCGAGCGAUUAUUAUUUUUUUUUUCUCACAUCUUGUUUUCUUGCACACGUACCAACUAGCGCCCCAAGCGGCAGUGGCACAAAGGUAGCGCGUUUUCAAUGAAACCAGCUGGUUUUUUUCGCGAAUGAUUAAAAGUACAGGUCACAAAUUCAAGAAGGCAGGUGACAUGUGUUCUACAAGACAAGCCAUACGAGUCAAAUACAGUGCAUAUGCUGUGGAAGGCUAGAAUUGUGUUUCCUGAGCGGUUACAGAUUCAUCAAUGGAAGCCUACAGAAACAACGAUAACUUGUACUCAAUUUUCGAGACAGAACUGGUCACUGUGACGAAACUAGAAUUGCUGACAAAAUAGCCGCUACACUGUGCGAAGUCCGGAGACUCGGCUUUCGAUUGAUGCCUACCUCGACAUUCCACGCAUGGAGUAGUGCUGUUCCGAAAAAAAAAAAAAAAAGGUUUUUAAAACACCGUCGCGCAGACUCAUGUGGCAUCUUGAUAAACCCAGGCGUAUCAUUUAUGAAUUGUCGAAGCCGUGGGCGGGUUGUUUAAUCUCGCGCACAUAUAGUCCCGCGUCAUGCUAGCAUCGGUUUAAUACCGUGCUACGUGAUAGUUUUUUAAGCCUCAUAAUACUUAGUACCACAGUCUCCCACCAGAAGGCAGAAACAAAAAACUCAAAAUUUGGUUUCAGUUAGUUUUUCAGUGGUGUGCCUACAUACCAGAUUUUCUAUUUUUGCUUCCUAAAAGGAGUGAUGUGCUUGCUCAUUUGUUAAGUCUUCGCUUUUAUAACAACACUUUAUUCUUUCGAUGAAAUAUCUACAAGCAUGCGCAAGUCUGUGUUACGUAAAAGAAAUGUUUCGUGCCUUCUAGCAUGGAAUACACCUAAAGCCCACAGUUCUAGCAGGUCUCUGAAAGCAAGCAAUGUAAAGCGAUCUAAUCCCGCUGAUAGAGGCAUCUGUAAUUGUGGCUGAGAAAUGAAAUAACAAACCGAGGUCCUUUAGUAGGAGAGGGAUAAUAGGGCGAAGGCAAGCAACGUGCAGAAAUGACAAAUUAGCGCUACGCAUUCCUUUCUCUACAGGACUCAAUGGAGUUAAAAGAGAGAUCGCUGUCUUAUAGACUAUAAAAAGAAGCGUCAUUGUGCCUUACCGCCUAAAAUAUCUUCCAUUUCUUUAAAGAGCAGCGGCAUCAAAAUUACGGGCUGCAAAAGUGGCCUAGUUACAGACUGCGGAGACGAGAACAAUCUACUUGCAAAAUAUUGUGCUUAAAACACAGGGGGUGCUUUAGGAUAAGUUAGAAAAAACACGUUAUGGACGCUGAAACUGGCAAGAAGGCCACUAGCUCGCUGAAAUGACGCUGAAUUAAAGAAACUAAAAAUCAGCUAGCUCAAAACAUUAAUACCUCUGGGGCUUGCGUCAUAUCUGCUAACUACGGUGUGAUUAAAAAAAACAAAAUCAGACAAAGGCAUAAGCGCCACUCAUAUAUAAAGGACUUGGCCUAAGUGAAAUUUUAGUGCAGCUGGACUUUAAAUGGGAUUUAAAAUGCCAUUCGGUUUAAAAUACUUCGAGGCAAUCUCGACGCCUCAGGCAGGACGGUGUGGGAGUCACCGCUGUCUGGAGACGUACAGGCACUUGCGGAACUAUUCUGCAUGCACCCGGAUGUAUACGUAUCAUAAGGCGAGCACUGAACACUGAGCUGUGUUUCGUGGUCACUCUCAUUACUAAUGAGGCUGGCAAUCAGUUGCGUAAAAUUUAGUUGGUCGCCUAGGAGGACAAAAUAAAUGGCUAUCGCAUUGUGUUCUGGGCGCCACGCUUUCUUCGACUUGUCCUGAAUCCGCACACAGGAUACAUGGUACACGUAGCUGUUGACAUCGCGAGAUGUCGGCCACCAAGGAGGACCGCCUCAGCGAGCUGACAACACCGUGAGUGGCGUCUUCGCAUGUAGCUUCGACAUAACGGAACAAAGUAGCAAAGAGGCGUUUACAGGUUUCUGUUCAUUCACUUGGGUGACUCUUGGUGCACUAUGGUGACAAAAAAUAAAAAUAAACAAGCACUCGCCGAGAACAAAAGAAAAAUAAACAUGACGUUUCGGGACCCGUACAGGUCUUUGGAUCACAAUGAAGAUAUAAGCAUGGGCGCGCGAAGCUAUGAUGCUGGAUGUGCAUCCAGAAAUCUACGAGGCUGAGUCGCAGGACGCGUUCGCUCAUCAAACCUGGCAAAGAUUUGGAGAGAUAUGAUAGAGUUAAGUGGCAUGGGCAUAGGAACUAGCAGACUACUCAGCCACUGGAGAAACAUGAUAUCCUGCCCUGAACAUUAUUUCUUUCUUAGCUGAAGGUUCUUCAAAAUAGGCAAACGUCAACUAGG